AUGGCCGCGGCCGUGGAGAAGGAGGCGAGCCAGCAGAGCACCCUGGGCGCUUACUCGCCCGUGGACUACAUGAGCAUCACCAGCUUCCCCCGCCUGCCCGAGGAGGAGCCGGCCGGCGCGGCGGCCGAGGGCUGCCUGCGCUCCAGGAAGGAGGAGGACGCGUUCCUGGGAGAGCAGGACACGGAUCCAGAUUCUUUCCUGAAAUCAGCUCGCCUCCAGCGCCUGCCGUCAUCUUCAUCGGAGAUGGGCAGUCAGGAUGUCUCGCCGCUGCGGGAGACCAGCAAAGACCCAUUCUCUGCGGACUGCAGCUGCCGCCAGGAUGGGCUGACUGUGAUCAUCACGGCCUGCUUAACCUUUGCGAUGGGAGUCACAGUGGCCCUGAUCAUGCAGAUCUACUUUGGGGACCCACAGAUAUUCCACCAGGGUGCCGUGGUCACCGACGCCGCCCGCUGCACGGCGCUGGGCAUUGAGGUGCUCAACAAGCAGGGAUCCUCAGUGGACGCAGCCAUCGCCGCAGCUCUGUGCGCAGGAAUAAUCAACCCCCAUACAUCUGGCAUCGGCGGGGGGGGAGUGAUGCUGGUCCACGAUAUCCGGAAGAACGAGAGUCAGGUGAUUGACUUCCGAGAGACAGCCCCUUUUGGGAUCCAGGAGGAAGGCCUUCGGAAGGCCUGGGAGCUGAAGCCGGGUCUCCUGGUGGGGGUGCCAGGCAUGAUACAAGGAAUGCACAAGGCACAUCAGUCACAUGGAAGACUCCCAUGGUCAGAACUUUUGGGCCUUGCUGCUAGCAUUGCCCAGGAUGGAUUCAAUGUCACACAUGACUUGGCCAGAGCUAUCACUGAACUGAAGGAGCUGAACUACUCUGACAAAUUCAGAGAAACUUUCCUUCCAGACGGCCAGCCUUUGUUGCCUGGAAUGUUUGUGAGGCGACUUGAUCUAGCCACCAUUUUGGAUCUCGUUGGCUCAGAAGGGGUCUCGGCCUUCUAUGAUGGAAAUCUAACCCAGGAGAUCAUUUCUGAGGUCCAUAACUAUGGAGGAGUCCUGUUAGAAGAAGACUUCAUUAAUUACAAUGCUGUAGUGGAGGAUCCAGUCCACACGGUGUAUCAAGGUCAUCUUGUUCUCAGCCCUCCACCUCCACAUGUGGGUCCUGCACUGAUCACAGCUCUAAAUAUCCUGGAGGGCUUUAAUAUCACGAGCCAGGUAACCAGGGAAAAUACCCUCCAUUGGAUAGCAGAGACGUUAAAAAUAGCACUGGACCUAGCUAACAGCUUGGGAGACCCAGUCUGUGACGCAUCCAUCUACCAUAGUGUAGAAGACAUGGUCAGUAAAUCAAAGGCAGGUUUCCUGCGUCAGCUGAUUAAUGACUCCCAGUCCUUCCCUUCUGCUAUCAAUAUUCCACACUUCUCCAUAGAGAACGGCCCCCCUGCUAGCCAGGUCCUUGUUAUGGGACCCGAUGACUACAUUGUUGCAGUUGUAAGUUCCCUGAACCGUCCAUUUGGAAGUGGAAUAAUAACACCCUCUGGAAUCCUUCUAAACAGUCAGAUGUUGGACUUUUCCUGGCUGAAUAGUACAUUGAACCACUCCUCUCCCGGCCUGAGGAAUCUCAUUCAGCCUGGAAAAAGACCCCUAUCCUUUUUACUGCCCACUAUUGUUCGACCAUCUGAAGGGAUGUGUGGGACUUAUCUUUGUCUGGGAGCUAACAAUGGCGACAAAGCCUUGAGCAGCAUCACGCAGGUUUUAGUAAAUGUUUUAACACUUAACAAGAACCUGAGUGAGAGUCUGUCACUGGGUCGGCUGCACCCACAGCUUCAAUCCAACAUCCUGCAAGUUGACAGUGAAUUUCCUGAAGAAGAUAUUGAAUUCCUUGAAGCCAGGGGUCAUCAAGUAUAUAAAGUUGACGUGCUUUCCCUGGUUCAUGGAGCCAGGAGAACCAACAACUUCAUCAUUGGUGUGAAAGACCCAAGAAGCAUGGAUGCUGCAGGAGCAACAAUAUUAUAG